AGGAACUGAACUGUAACAUUGAUCGAUUAAUUACUUGUUUAUGAUGGCUUCUGCGUUGGAGGACAAUGAAGUUCUUAUGUACAGUGUUUUAGAAUAUGAAAAAAGGCCUGCACAUAUUUACCUUACUUCAACAUACAUUUUCAUUGAGAAUAGUGCCAGGCCAAGCUCUCACGAUAAUACAUUGGAUGCUCGGCCGAGUUCAAGUAAAAAAAUCAUUUCUUACUUACUAACUUAGUUAUAGUUUUUAGCUCAAUUUCAUUUUAUUUUAUAGAGCUCUAAAACUUGUAAUAAAUAAUAUUUUUUAAUGAAAAUGGUAUUAUUUUGUGACAUUGUAUACUGAACGCUUCGCACCGGGAUGAGUGAGUUCUCUUUUGUUUAUUCUUGGAUUGUUAAACUAAAGUACAAUCACACUUCAUUAUUCAAAAAUAAAAAUAAAUGUUUUAAAAAUUCACAACUAAUUAAAAUUCAGUCUAGAAAUAAACCUCAAUAUUGAAAUUUGACGCUAGUAAGUUACAUCUUCUUCAGAAUACAUACAGCACAACAGAAAAUUAAACAUCACUGUUAAUUUAAGGUUGGAGGGCCUAUAUAUAUGUAUGAAAUAAUUUUAAAAAUUAAUAAAUUUAUCAUAUAUUUUCUAACACACACACACAGCUCCCCCCACCACUAGUGUCCAAAACAGUCACACUUUUUUAGACCUUCCCCCCCCCCUCCCAAAUGUGACAUACUUUAUGGAUGACCCCUUAGUUGCCUUAGUCUUUGUCAGAAAAAUAUCCAGUUUUGUAUAACCUAAAAUGAUAAUGAUUCCUCCAGAUUGUGCAAAAUUCUAACUAAGUUGUGUCAGACAAGAUUUCAGCUAUGUGGUUAUAACUCUUAAUAUCAAAUUAAUCCAUGAAUUGCAGUGCUUGGAUACGUUACACACCAUUUUACUGUGACCUUAUUAAAUAUCUUGAUGCUUCAUAAUUUUCAUAACAAUAUCAAUGUCAUUAUCAUAGAAAAGGUGGGCUUUUAAGCCAGCAGACAAAAUGAAGGAAUGCUAGGACUUGUACCAGUUUUAAAGCUUCAGCCCAGUAUUGAGGCUUGUGCAAAAUGCACAACAAGUAAUUAAAUAUAGUUUUUAAAAUUAUUCUCAAAACAUGCAAUAAACAUUCAAAUAUAUCUGAUCAAUCAAGUCCCCAAAAUAUGGAAUUUGAGAGCCAAUAAAAAUGCUAGUCACAUGUGCCAUAAUUUUUACUCCCCCAUUGUACCAGCACAAAGUUAUGUUCAAUAAAGAUGAAAUCACCUAUCUUCUCCAGCCUCCAAAUAACUACACUAUUUCCAUGUAUGAUAUAUUUUGUAAAGUUUUGUGUAAAUACGAAACUGUAAACUAGGGAACCAAUUAUCUGAAUAAUAGCAUGACCCAUAUAUGUCAUAUUACUUGGAUGCCACUGCUACACAAACUGAUUCAAUGCAUGUCCAUUUCCCAACAAUAACAGGUCUGAAAAACCAUGUGAUAGACUUAAGAGAAGUCAUCACUGUGCGGGGAGAGCACAGAUCACCACCAAAACCAAGAAAAUUUAUUUUAAGUUCACCCAGGAAACCAUCUUUGCUACAGGAAGAUAAGUCACCUGAAACAAACACAUUUUCUAUUUUCAUGAUAAAUGUAUGUAUCAUUUAUAUUUUGAGAUAUUGCGUCUAUUACCUAACCAAUUUUUGCCUUCUUGUUACUGAAUAUCUGGACACAAAGAAAAGUUUUUUGUCAAAUGCUUGCACUAAUUAAAUGACAUGUACACUCCUUUAAAAUAUAUGGUUUUAUGUCAUUAGCUUUAAUUUAAGUCACCGUGUUCACUAUUAGUUAAUUGUGUUUUGGACAUCCUGUUUGAAUUUAUUGAAAGAGUGCCAUACAUUUUGUUUGCUGCCUCAAUUUUUCUUUUAAGCUAGUUAUUUUCAUGUGUUUUGUCAUACUGUUUGAGAUGACAUUGGUGCAGAGAACACAAAUUUUUUAGUAUCAUAUAUGAACGCUUCAAAUAAAAAGAGCUUUGAUUAUUUUUUAUUUGUUCAGCGUGUUGCUAAACAUAGAUGGAGACAUAAAGUUUGCCAGUUUGUUUGUCGAGAUUAUGGUACUUGUCAACUCUGGAUAACAAAAUUACUGGAGCUUUUACAAAAUCCUGGUAAAAUUCAUAUUUUUUUUUAGCUGCUAAGUUACUUUAAGAAAAAGAAUCCUCUCUAUAGACAGAUUAUAUUCAUUUUAAAAUUAAUUUGAAGUAUGCAAAAUUGAAAAUAAUAUUUUGAUAGUAAAAGGGUGUUUAUAAAUCUCUGCAGAGUGGCAACGUCCAAAAAGACUUCUUGUCUUUAUUAAUCCAUUUGGCGGGAAAAGGAAAGGAGUUAAGAUAUUUAAUGAAAAAGUUAGACCUUUAUUUGAACUGGCUGGAAUCUACUCAGAGGUCAUCAGUAAGUUGUUUUGGUCCAUCAUUAGCUGUAACUUUAAUAACGCUCUGAACUUUAAUAUGCUAUGAUAUAGGACUACUGGAUACAAUUGAACCACUUAUUAGGUCAACAAUAAUUAUGAGUAAUUUCUCUCCUUCUUUUAUGAAUACAAAAAGUAUUAUUAAAAGUGUCAUUAUUUUAGCCACUUAUUCUAUUACUUUGUGUAAUUUACUGGUACUUCAAUUAAUGACGUUGCUUAUUUAGAAUUGUGUUUUUAAAAAGAAUGACAAAAUAAGAGUAAGGAAAGGAAAAACAGAUUUGAGAGCCUGUGACAGAUGAAUUUUCCUAAAAGAUAAAUAAAACUGAAAGCAAAAGAAUACAGUACUGACCUUGCUUACGAUUGUAUAACUUUUUAAGAAGAAUGAAUAACCUCAGUUAAUUUCUGUUCAUGACACAAUUAUUUAACUCCCAACUUUAUCACUUUUCAUUGUUUCAGUAACAAAGCGUCAGUACCAUGCCAGAGAUGUCAUCUAUGAAUAUGAUCUACAAACUGUUGAUGGGUUGGUGUUUAUCAAGUUCAUGAAAUGAUUAUUUGUCUUGUUUAUACAAUAAAGUUGUUUAUCUGAAUUGUUUGUACAAGAAAACUGUUCAUAAGACUUACUUGUAAAUAAAGCUGUUUAUUUGACUUGAUUGUACAGGAAAGCUGUUUACUUGUCUUCUUUUUACUAGCACGCUGUUUAUUUGACUUUCUUCUAGAAGAAAUAUGUUUAUUUCACUUAAUGAUUGAAGAAAGUUGAUCAUUUACCUUGUUUGUACAAAAGAGCUGUUUAUUUGAUGUUUUUAUAAGUAAGCUGAUUCUUUGACCUGCUUGGGGACAAAAGCUGUUCUUUGGACUUAUUUAUGCAAGAAAGAUGUUUAUUAAAUACUCUUUAAACAAAAUAUACUAUUGUAAAAUAUUGUACAACCAGAAUUAUGUUAGCCCCUUAACUGGUGUUCAUAAAGGUCUUACAGUAUCUCAUUGUUCCCAGGCUUGUUUGUGUCGGUGGAGAUGGCACGUUCUCAGAACUUCUCAAUGGCCUGCUUGACCGAGUCAAUUCUGAGGGAGGGGUUGAGCAAACUUUUCGACACACACCAAAAAGUUCAGCAUUGCGUAUCGGCAUCAUACCAGCUGGUAAGAGGAAGAAACUGCUACUAUUUCUAGUGAACUUUGUGUGGUGGCAAUUUACUGUUUCUAAAGCGGAAUGUUUACUGAUAAACCUUUUAAAUGUAAAGACACCGUAUCUGCUCAUCAUUUGUUUUCAUCAACAGGAUCUACCGAUGCCAUUGUGUACUCACUUGUUGGGAUCAAUGACCCUGUCACAUCAGCUCUGCAAAUUAUUUUAGGUUGGUUAAAAAAACACACAAAAAUUCAUUUAGUUUAAAUUUCUUGGGCUGAAUAAUUUUAGAUUAGAGUAAGUAAUGUAAUUUUCUUUUCUUUUUUUUUUUUUUUUUAAUUGGUUUGUAAAUAUGGUUGUGAUUUUUUCCAUUGCUCAGGAGAUUCUUUGGGCAUGGAUGUCACAGCUCUGUAUAAAAAAGAACAGUUUGUUAAGUACACUGUUAGCAUGUCAAGCUAUGGUUACUAUGGUGAUCUUUUAAAGGAAAGUGAAACGCUUAGAUGGAUGGGCCCCAAGCGCUACACCUGGAGUGGUAUGUCAGUUAACUUUGUCGUACCAACUUGCUUUGUCUGUGCAUCUCAUUCGUGGAAUAAAUGUUAUUCUCGAUGGCUUACUGUUUGCUCCGAUCACUAUUUUAAUUACAUACUGGCACAAAGCAGUUUUAUUACAUUGGAAUGUUGUUAUAUAUUUUACUUGCUAAUUAUUGCCAGGAAAUUAUUUCAUCUUGAUUGCUUUGAUAAUGUUUGUACUGUCUUGAGCUUUAUGGUAUCAAAGCUUAAUUGUUCAAUCUGUUUCUGUAGGUUUUAAGACUUUUUUAGCUAACAAGGCUUAUGAAGGAGAAGUGUCUUUUCUGCUGGCAUCUGAAGAGGACAGCCAUCCACGAGAUCAAACUGUCUGCUAUUCAGGGUAAGAUUUUCUCCACAUUUUAAUAUAAAUAUAGUUGAAUAAAUCUCAUUGAAUUAGCUUAUCUGUGGCGCGGUGCCAUACCUCUUCUUACAAUGUGGUCUUAUUUAGAGUAAAUAUGUUAAUUUAAUAAGGAAAAGUUACGGUGAUUGCCACAUUUCAGUAGAGUUAUCCAUUGUGUUGACAGAUGUGAGAAAUGCAGGAAGUCAGCCAUGGAAGGCCAGCAAGUGGUGUCCGUAAAGGAGCCCCAGCCUGAGUUUGAUUUAGGUGGUGCCAGUGAACCAAUCUUGUUCAGUGCAGUCAGUAAAAGAGCCAGUUUUAUGAGUGAGUCUCAUAGCUUACGUUAGCAGAUUCUAUCUUUGUGAAGUUUAAGGGGAGGUGCGGGUGAGAAAUUGACGAAAAUGGCAAAUUUUGAAUAAUUUUUUAUUAUUAGUUAUUUGGUUUUAUUAACCAUUUCUCUAUUACAUUUUUAUAUUUGUUUUUAUAAAAGUAAGUUAGAAAAUAUAAUAAAUUACAAAUUUCCUGACCCUAUCAAUCAGAAAAAUGUCAAAAUUGUCCUAUUUUUAGUGUUUUUACCCCUUUGUUAUGAGUAUUUGGAAUCGCCCAAUCCCUAUGUCUUUGGCAUGGUUGGAAAGAUGGUGAUUUCGGGGUCAAGAUAAAUAUAGCUUAUGAUCACAAAGAAAACUACAAAAGCAACCGAACCUUUCGAUCGCCGGUAAUGUCUAGCAAAAUUUGGUAUUUUCCUGUCCUACUUCGUGUAUCACGUGAUCAAACCCUGACCUUUGAAUAAAAUAAGCAUUUUGAUUGGUUCCUAUGUAGGAAAUCUGUUUAUAAAGGUCACUUCCGGUAUAAACAAAACCGUAUCUAAUUUCGUGAGGCCUAGCAAGUUCGAUAUGUAAUUUGUCGGUAAUAAAUUCAUUUGAGGAGUUAAAAAACAACUAAAUAAGUAAAUAACCACACAAAAUGAGUUGGCUUUGAUUAAUUGCCAUAAUAAACAUGAUUAAUGCUUCUCCUUUUCGGAGAAGACCAAGACUGAGUACACUAAACUACUAAGACUAAGCCUACUCCUAGUGCCUAGUGCUAGUCGCUUCAAGUUCAAGCAUCGCUACGCUACUUUACCAGCAGGAAAAACAUAGAAAAAUACUAUGCCUUGGUAAGUCUUAAAAAUCUAUUUUUCAUUUAGAUUCAAAUUUAAAGUACGGUAUCAAUUAUUUAUAAGGCUAAGCCUAUACUGUGCUCACUAUACAACAUUGAAUGAGGGCUAUACUUAUACUUUAUUAUUAUUAUAUUAGUAAUAAACACUGUUACUUUUGUGAUAGUGAACUGUAGUAAAAAUAAAACCUAUAAACAAUUUAUGAAUUUAGUUAUUGUGACAUUUGUCUUACACUGUCCUAUAUUUAUAGCUAUUAAAAUGGUAAUAUGAAAUUAAAUGUAAUAAAUUUCUCUUUUUUUUUAUUGCAUCGCAAAUAACAUUGUCAUUAGUGUUAUUUUAUUUUAAAGUAAAGUAAGAGUAAGAGCCCUAACAAAUUUUGCUUGAAAUACGUGUCAACAAGUAUGACCUAUCAGUCAUUAAUUUCAUUAUAGCCUUAUAUUUUUAUUGAGAAGCAUUUAAUAAAAAUAUCUAAAUACAAGUUUAUUGUUUUCAGGAAUCAUUGAGGAGACGCGCAAUGAGGUUGCGGAACACAACAAACCACAACAUGCAUUAUAUUUCCUGUUGAUAAACUACACUGAUCUGUUGUGCCUAGGUCCAUUUAGCCCAAAGGACAAUAUGCACAUGAAAAAGAAGGAGUGCCCUAAGUGUAUUCCAAUGUUUCAGAUUCCUCGGCGCAACAUAUGUUCGAUGCAUCGAAAUAAAACUACGGUAACCUCAGGCAGAGGAUGCAAGAGAAGACUAACACAGAUUACAUCACAAAACUCAUUACGUGUUAUUCAAGGACAAAAAGAAUAAGACAGUAGUUGAAAGAAACAUAUCAAUAUUUCCCUUAUUUUAACAUUGUAUCUCUCUGCGAUGUGAUUUUCAACAUGACGAGUGUCAAAAUUUGAUACAGUAACUAAUUAGAUUUUACAAUGGAGUUAUUGCUCAUGAGUUUUCUGGCUCACACAAAAAACAGUUAAUAUGCUUUUGUGGAAAAAUACAUGUUGCAACUCAAGUGAUUCAAAAGUUGUGAGAUAGAAAUCAGAAAAUUUACAACUGUCAAUAUUCAUUCCGUCAUUAGAACUCAUAGAACUUACAAUUUUUUCUUUACAAGAAUAAGAGUUGCAUUUUCAGCAUUCAUGGACAAUGCCAAAUAACUCUUUGGAAUUGCAUAUUUACCUAGCUUAAUUUUAUGAUUUUGCACACUUUUAUAAUGCUGAAAUUCUCCAAAAUAAGCGAAUUAUUAUUUUUUCGACAAAUACAGAGUAAUAGAUAAAAAUAUAUCAAUCACAGAGAAAAGUUGAGUGGUCAGGAAAAAAGAAAAAUGGACUUGGAAAAUGAUUAAAAAUGUCCACAAUAGGCUAAUAAAAAGUUUUUAUUCCAAUCUUGGUAAAAGAUUCUUAUUUUUCAUUGAUAUUUUCAUUGUUUUUGUCGUUUUUCUUCGUUAUUUCAGUUUUCUUGUUUUCACUAUUUUCGGUCACUAAUAUCCCUAUAACUUUUUUAUUUAUUAUCCAAACCUCACCAAAUUUUCACAGUAUGUUCAGUGGCCAAUAAUAAACAUUUGAAUAACCUAGAAUUAAGAUAUCUAUCUUAGAAAAGAAAAAAUGUAAAAAAGAAUUCACCCACACCCCUAUUUUUUGCAUAAAAAAUGGGGUCACAAUUUCUGACCCUGUAAAUUUAUAACCAGUCAUUACAUCAAAAAGUCCUGUUAUACAAAGUUUUAUUAUAGGUUAAAUAAUCUAUGUUUAAAAUCUGAUAGCAAUAACUUAAUAUUUGUAAAAGCCUUAGUGUUUUAAAACACACUAAAAAAAUAAAAAUGGCGGAGGUUUUUAUGGGCUACAAAGGCAACCAAUGGAAAUUUUUUUUUUUUAAAACCUGUUUUGUACCUCCAUUACAAUACCAAAUAAGGUGUAGUUUAAAAAAAUCCUAUAUGAAGCCAAACAAAAAUUUUAGAUUUUUCACCCACACCUCCCCUUAACUGCUUUGAAAAGCCCGAGCUGUGCUUGAAAAUCAACAAACAACAACAAAGAACUUAAGGCUUACAAAGUGAAAAUAAAUUACUAGUAAAGAAAACAUUUUUUUUUUAUGCUAAAUAAAUCCAAAGAAAUUAAAAUAGUCUAUAUUUAAUAAAUCAGUAAAUAAAAAAUAUGAACAAAAUAUUAAAUUUUAAAAAAAAACAACAAAGCCAGGUUUUUUGUGAUAGAAAAGAUAUUUUAAUUCAUCUUUCCGCUUUAUUACAUCAUUAAUAGUUUACAGAGGCUUGUUUGUUAACUUGUGCCAUUGCAACUGUUUCAGUGAAAGAUGGCUGGCACCAUGUCAAGGGCAGAUUCAGUGCCAUCAACUUGGUAACCAUAAGUUGCCGCUGUGACCUGACACCAAUCGGCAUGUCACCAGCCUCACACCUUGGAGAUGGGUGCAUGGACCUGAUUCUCAUACAAGACUGUUCCAGGUUACAGUACCUCCGCCACCUGGUCAGGAUACCUGACAGCAAAUCUGACCAGGUAAGUAAGAGAGAAUUUUUUAUUCUUCAUUUCAGCAUCUUUAAUGAAUUAUUUCUUUACAACAUUCUCAUAGGGUUGUGUUUUAUCACAGCUAUGAAAAUGCAAUAAGAUAAUAGUUCUUUAAAAAAAUUUUUUUCAUAAUCCUUGAAUAAAAAUGCUGCAACAAAUCUUAUGCCCCUUUCCUAAUCGGUUAAUGUAUAUUUCAAGUAAUAUAACAUCUUUGCCACAAGUGGCACAGGGCAUAUUUCUAGGCAUGCAUUUAUUUAGAAAUGGUCAAAAGUGCUAUCUUUUAGAAAUACAGAGAGGGGGNCAGGCUCAAAACUCCUAGUGUUAGGCAUACUGAUAUUUGUGGGCAAACAACAAUAAUUCAAUAAUUGCUUUUUUUUUUUUUGUAUGUUAAUUGGAACUGCUGUAUAACAUUAAGUGAUAAAACAAUGGGUCUGUCUGCCUCAGUUUGACUUUGACUUCAUUCAAGUCUACCGCGUGAAAGAGUUCAGUUUUCAACCAAUCACAGAGCCUGAGGAUGCUGAUGAGGGGGAGGGGCAAGAGAGGGGUGGGUGUGGCCGAAGAAAAGCAGGUCACACUCAAAUGAAGAACAGCUCCAGUGCUCACAGUGUGUGGAAUUGUGAUGGUGAACUGCUGGAUUACCCAUCACUUUAUGCCCAGUAAGUCAAUAAAGUUCUCAAAUUACUUAUUCACUUGCUUUGAACGUUGAACAUAAUCAAUCAUGACAUGAACUGGCUUUUAAAAAUAAAAAAAAAAAACGCAUAUUAUUUUGUAUUAACUUUGCAUUGUGAUUAUAUAUAUAUAAUUCGCCAGCAAAGGUCAAACACCAACACGGUUCAAACACCACGCAGGCUAUUUAUAGAUACGCCAGAGUGUGGCUCAAUCAUGAGUUCACUAGCGCGCAAAAUAUAAUUCCCGAUAACUACGCUAUAUAUUAUAUAUAAUUUUUUUUUAUAAUGCAAUUGCGUUCGAUGCAUAAUAUUUUCUUUUCGGAAAUGAAAUCGUCUCAAUUUAAGUAUUGUGUAAAAAAAUUCCGUUUAAAAGGGGUUGGGACAUGAGAAUAUUAAUAUAGUUCAUGGGCGUGAAAUAAAAAGUGUGUAGUGACGUAUCAUGAAAAAAAGGGAGGGGGGGAGGGCUGUAGCAAAAUUGGCAUUCUUAAAUGUGCGUAACUUGAGUUCACAUUUUUGUCAAGUAACUUUAGUUGAUGGGAAGUUCACGCAUUGCUGUUUGCCAAUGUUUGGUGGGCUCCAUCUAGUUCUGUUAUAAUACGGUAUCUGAAAUCUAUGGUUUAAUUUUUUUGAAAUGGGGAUAUUGAUUGAUUUUCCUUUAUUUGCUUCAUAUUUGGUUUUACAGCCAAUUAUUGCACUGUCAACAUGAGAAUAUUUGUCUUGAAAUUCUUAACAGAACAUAAUGAUAUGAUUUUACUUGAUAUAAUUUUAUGAGACAUUAGGGUACACUGUAUGGAAGAUAAUGAUAACUUAAUAUCAUUAUCUUCCAUACAGUGUAACCUAAAGUUUUCUAUUUGAUUUUUUUAAAAUGUAUGUUGAAAUAAUGACUACUAUGAAAAUAAUGUUUAAAAACUUGUUUGACUAAAGUCGUAUCCAUUUUUUAUCUGACCCCCAGUGUCCACUGUCAGUUGAUCAAAUUGUUUGCUAGAGGUGUCGAAGAGUGUAAUAAAGAAGACAGCAUGCAGUGUCCGGCGUGUUGCUCAGCCUACGACAGUGACAAAUGACGUCAGAUGAUGGCAGCCAGUUCAGAUGAGCCUGACAUGUAAAAGGUCCUAUUCAGCAUGCUAGACUCAAUCACUGCAAUGAAAUCAGGGACACAAAUUUAAAUUUCACUGUUGUGAUGAGGGACAUGGAUAGUUUUGAAUAGUUCCCACACUGCAGUGACAUAAUAGAUGAACAUACAAUAAGUCCUCCCUGAUACAUGUGUGCCUUUCUCUGCUAGCUUUACCAACACAUCUGUGAACAUAUCAUGGAGGUUUUUUUUUAAUCAUGAGGUUUUUUUUUUAAUUGAAAAUUGUUUGAAGGUCAUAAUUAAGUUCUAUGACAUAUUGUGUCAUAAUUAUUUGACUUGACUAACACACUGUCUGACUGAUAGUUUCAGGUCUGUACUGUAAAACCUGCUGGUUAGUUUCUGACUGUGCUGUAAAAACUGACUGAUAGUUUCUGGCUGUACGGUAACACUAAGCUUUAGUUGCUCAGCUGAACUAUGGCUUUAAAAGCCCCUUUAAAAGACUCCACUGUCACAAAAUUCAGUUUUGUUGAAAUUUUCUUCAGAAUUUGCACUUUGUAUAUUCAAUAUUUUCAUAUACUCUCUUUUUGUCUAAAUAUACAUGACUUUUUAUCUCUUGAAAUAAUUUCAAUUUUAAAUUAUUAUUCACUAAGUAAUCCUAACAAAAAACCCCUUUGACUUCUUGAUUUUGUUGUCAAAAUGUUAUGUGCUAUCAUUGUAUCAAAGUAACUGGCCAUCAAUAUAUCUGGCCAACAUCUGGUCAACAAUAUCUGGUCAACAAUAUAUCUGGCCAAUAAUAUAUCUGGCAUAUUUAACUCUCAAGGACACUGCCUUAAAUAAAAUAAAAGAUUUUGGGGGUGUGGGGAUUCAGUCAUGAAAAUAAACAAUUUCUUGUUAAGUUUAAACUGAAUACAUGUGUAAUAUGUGUACACCAAGGACUAAUGACAUGAGAUUUGCAUACUUUACAUGUCCCAGAAAAGUGGCAUUGCUUCUGUACCAGCCAACUAUCAUUGUGGGGCACUAAACAUAUAGCCUAUCUUUAGUCCAAUGGGAGUUUUUUUAUAUCUUAGAUUUUCUUACUAAUGGUUACUAAUGUCUUGAACUGAGUGACAUUAAAAAACAAAAUCAGUGCUAUAUUAAAAAAAAACAAAAAAACCAAUAAUUGUAUUUUUUCUAAAUCAUUUAUAAUUUAUUGCUGAGCAAUGAAUUUUAGAAUUGAAAUUUACACUGGCAUUUUAUAAGUUGCACUCUAUCAACGAAAUUUGUGUAAAUGAAAUUUUUACUUUAUUUCAUAAGAGGAUGAGAAAAAAAUAAGUCAGACCCAGGAAAGCCAAUUUGUAAAUAGCAUUAUUAGAUUGUUUGUUGACAAGUGUAUAACCCACCUAAAAUUGACCACAACAAGAGACAUGGUAAAAAACUUACAGCAAAAUGUAAUGACUAACGUAGGUAAACAACUUGUAUCAAAAUUUUGUGAGAUGUAGCUACUACUAACGCAGGUUAAAAACUUCUUGAUCUAAUUUAUCUAAAUGAUGUGAUAAAAAAUAUUUAAAUUAAUUUAUUUUACCUAGUGAUGAUUAUGCCAUCAAUGUUGUUUGUUAUGGAACAUGAUGACUUUCUAAAGCAGCCGGAUUUGGGUAAUUUAAUCAUAAAAUUUACACAAUACAUUUAUAAGCCCGGUGGCCAUUUGUGUGAUGAGUUUUUUGUUUGUCAAUGACCAUUGGUAAGUGCUGCCAAAUUUCCAUGUGCAAUAUACAACUGGAUCAAACCGUGUACAAUAUUUUAAUUUAUUAAUAAGAUCUCUUCAUUUGAAAUGUCCAACUAAAUGAGGUAAAACAUUAUUUUUUUCUGGAUAAUAAUAAAACAAUAAUUUAUUUUUUAAUAUUGAAUGUACAUUAUUUACUUUGAAUGAAAUUAAUUUGACAUGAAUGAUUAUUUUCUCUUUUGUUUUUGUGUGGAAACAUUUUACAUUUUAUUCAAAGCAAAAUGUAUUAUUAUUAACCGAUUUCACAAGUCACCCCUGCAAGCAAAAAUAGAUGUUUGUUUCAAGAUAUCAAAUUAAUUCAAUUCAAUUUGCUAUCUAUUUAUGACCAAGCAAAAAUGUGUUACUGUUAGAUUUUUUCAGAAAAACGCGAAUAAAUUAAAAUAGGUCAUUCCAAAAUUAUUGUGUGUUUAAGAAAUAGUUGACCCAAUCAAUAAAAUGAAUUUUAAUAUUUAGAACAAAACUAAACAAAUCCGAUUCAUUUUAGUUUGAAGCAAAGCUAUAAUAGCUAUUAAAUUUUUCUACAUUUGAAUAGUUCCCAAC